GAGAACAUGGGACUUAUGUUGUUGGAGCAAUGUAGGAAGACAUCACACAGGAUUUUCUAUGACUCAAGAGGAAAGUCCCCCUGGUUGCAGAGGUGAACGUGGAGGCAAUGGUGCAGGGAAGGUGCUCAUCAACAGUUGGCUUGGAUUCAGCUUUCAGUCACAUCUGCCUGAACCACAGUCCUUUCAAGAUGAAGGGAACCUUCAUAAAUGGAUCGAUAGUGAGCAGGCUCUCGACAAUGGUUCCUUGCUUCCAGCCCACCAAAGAAUUCCUUCUAGUGUCAAAGCAAACAUUUCUCAUAAAUAUGAACAUGAUUUUAUAGGCUCUUGUUUGUUUAUACCAGAACCAAAAACAGACAUUCCUCCAGCAGCUCACAAAUGUAAUGAGUUUGGAAAAUCCUUUAAUCAAGAGUCACAAUGUACUAUACAUCAGACACUCCGUAUGAGAGAGAAGCAAUUUAUGUGUGAUAUAUGUGGCAAGGUCUUCACUCAAAAAUCAAAACUUACACGUCAUCAUAGAAUUCAUACUGGAGAGAAACCUUUCAAGUGUAAUGAGUGUGGGAAGGUCUUCAAUCACAGUUCACACCUUGCACAACAUCGGAGAAUCCACACUGGAGAGAAACCUUUCAAAUGUGAUGACUGUGGCAAAGUCUUCAGUCAGAAGUCCUACCUGGCAAACCACCAGAGAAUUCACUCUGGGGAGAGACCUUACAAGUGUGAUGCAUGUGGCAAGGUCUUCAAUCAGAUUUCACACCUGGCAAGUCAUCGUAGAAUACACACCGGAGAGAAACCCUACAAAUGUGACGAAUGUGGAAAGGUCUUCCACCAAAUUUCACACCUUGCACAACAUCGAACCAUUCACACAGGAGAGAAACCUUUCAAAUGUAAUGAGUGUGGCAAGGUCUUCAGUCGCAACUCGUACCUCAUUCACCAUCUGAUAAUCCACACUGGGGAGAAACCGUACAAAUGCAAUGAGUGCGGCAAGGUCUUCAGUCAAAAAUCAAUCCUUACAAGUCACCGAAGAAUUCAUACUGGAGAAAAACCAUACAAAUGUGAUGAAUGUGGGAAGGUCUUUAAUCAGAUUUCACACCUUGCAGAACAUCGAAGAAUUCACACUGGAGAGAAACCUUACAAAUGCAAUGAGUGUGGCAGUGUUUUCAGUCAGAAGUCAUCCCUUGCAAAUCAUCAGAGAAUCCACACAGGAGAAAAACCUUUCAAAUGCAGUGAGUGUGGCAAGGGCUUCAGCCGUAACUCAUACCUAACAGAACAUCUGAUAAUCCAUACUGGAGAGAAGCCGUGCAAAUGUAAUGAAUGUGGCAAAGUCUUCAGUCAAAUAUCACAUCUUACAUGCCAUCGCAGAAUCCAUACGGGAGAGAAACCUUACAAAUGUAAUGACUGUGGCAAGGUCUUCAGUCUGAAUUCAUCCCUAGCACAUCACCGCAGGAUCCAUACUGGGGAGAAACCUUACAAAUGUAAUGACUGUGGCAAGAUGUUCACUCAAAAUUCACAUCUUGCAUGUCAUCGCAGAAUUCACACUGGAGAGAAACCUUACAAAUGCAAUGACUGUGGGAAGGUCUUCAGUCAAAAUUCACAUCUUGCAUGUCAUCGCAGAAUCCACACUGGGGAGAAACCUUACAAAUGUAAUGACUGUGGCAAGGUCUUCAGUGUGAACUCAUCCCUAGCCCAUCACCGAAGGAUCCAUAGUGUAGAGAAGCCUUAGACGUGUAAUCAGUGUGUGCAGGGUGGGGGGUCACAUUGUAAUCCCGGCUGUUUUGCAAAAAUCAGGAGGAUGGCACGUGCAAAUUCUGCCUGGACAUAAUUGUGAGAUGCUCACAAAAUGAAAUAAAGGGCUGGGGAUGUAGCUCAGUGGGAAAAUGAUGGUAGAGCAUGUUUCAGUCCUGGGUUCAAUUCCCAUACCCCCAAAGAGGAAAAGAAAGGCAAUGAAUGUGUUGGGGACUUCAGUCACAUUGGCACAUCACAUGCCAAGCAUUUAUGGUGGAGAGAAACCCUAUGGAUGUGAUGAAUGUGGCAAAGCCUGUCGGGUGCAUCUGGCCCUGCCAAUCAUGUGAUCCACACCAAGAGGGCGUGUCAAGGUGUUCACUGACAUUUCCUAUCACGCAGAUUGUCAAGAUCUCAUCCUAGGAAAAAACCACAAAUGAAUUAGGCACAGUCUUUGUCAGAAUACAAGUCAUGUAAGACCACUUUAUUUCCUAGUGGAGAAAUUAUCUUCUAUGUGUAAUGAAUAUCUGAACCUCUAGGCCUCAUUUAAAGCUUAGAAACUUUCAGUCAGUCUGUGAUGGAGACGAACCUCAUCCAUAAUUUGAUAUAAACAGACCUUAAUGUAAAAGUCUGUCAUCAGGAUUCCUGCUGGGAAAAAACCUCACAAAUGUACCAAGGUGGCAAAUCAUUAGUAUGCACUCAGCCCUCUGUACACGUCAGGUAAGUCACAAAAGCAUGACUUUGGCCAAGCCUGUCUUCAGUGCUCAUGUCUCAGUGGACAUCAGUUGAUCCACGCUGGAGAGAAACCAUGGAAAUGUCUGCAGGUGCCAAGCUCUUCUGGCACAGUUCACAGCUUGCACAACAUGGGAGAAGACGUCCUAGGGGUAGAGCUUGAAUGCAGCCAGUGUGGCACCCCCUGCAUGAUGAAUUCAAGCAGUGGUCAGAGUCCAUACUAAAGAGCAACAUCCGUCACAAUCGCAGCACAUAGGACAGACUUCCAUGCCUCAGAACCACUGGGCAUCAAAGGGACACCUUUGAGGAAGCUGUGACAAAACACCAGAGAACAAGGAGGAAUGAUUUAAUUUGUGCCGAAAUUAAUCAUGUGCCCCAGAGAGCAACCAUCCAAGUGUAAGGAAUGUACUGUUUCUUUUUCAAACAUUUGCGAUUUUCUUGUCCUAAGAGGAUUUAUUCUGGCAAAAUACAGACAUGAUGUACGUGUUCUUUUUACUGUGCACAGGACACCCAAUGUUCUCCCCUUUAUUUGUUCCCAUGCGGAAAUACCUCAUGUUUUUCUUUGUAAAGUGAUUGUUCAUGUUCACAUAUAUUUUCUUUAUACACUUAGUAGAAGCACAGUCCCUUGGAGAAAUGCUGUGUUCCCAUCUCUGUAGACUGACUAGGACACUUACUGUGUAUAAUGAAAGUACAAAAUGUAGUUCAGACUGACACCCUGCCCUCACUGUUAUGGAACAUGCACUGUAUUAUUUCUGAAUACCUCUAUCUUCUGUGCUAAUGAGGAAAGGAACAUGAUUGUUGGUAAUAAUAAAAAAGAGACUAAAUUUUAUUACAUGAGAUUUAUGAUACAUUUUUAGCAAAACUGCAUGGAAUGCACCUUAAUUUACAUAGAGUGAAAAUGGAACUACAGCAAGAAUAUGAAACAUAAGAAAAUUCAGGGAAUAAGUGUACGAAUACCUUUGUGUCCUUGAAGUACUUGUGAGAUAUACUGAAAAGGUUAACGUUCAUGAGUUUCCACUUCAGAAUGAAUAUCCAGGAUGGAAUUUCUCUUGUUUGUGAAGUGGAAACUCAUGUAUUUGCCCCUAACGUUUUUGCACUUAUGACCAGUCCCAACUCAGGGCUGAACCCCACCCAGUUGGGCUGGUUUGUCAGGAAUGGCGAAGCCAAACACUGAAGUGUUUGCAGAGUUCACAGCAUAAGGAGGCCUUCCAGGGACGCAAGGUGGACUUGCUACACUUGUCCAGAAGUGGCUGCCUCCUCUGAUGGGGGUCCUGGGUGGUGCUGGAGUGAGGGAACCUGGCCAUCUUUAGAACUCCCAGCUGCUGCCCGAAGAAGGGAACACUUAGGGUUAUCAGCAACUUGCCCAGAUGGCACCAUAGAAAGGGAGUAGUGAGACUUGAAGGAGUCAACAAUAAACAUCAAAGUGGGUCAGACUCCAGCACAACCCCGAGUGUUUACUCCUGGUUCUCUGGGCUCUUGGUUGGCAUAGAGGAACUUACAAUUUUUGUGAUGUCAAAUUUGCAUUUUCUGAUGCACCUGUAGGUCCCAUUCUACAGUAUGAUUGUUGAAAAUGUUUUUGAAAUACUGUUUAGACAAGUUACCUAACGUUUGUAUGGUAGUUCCAUGAAAACUAUUGUUUGUAAAUGUUUGGUGGAUAAUAGAUACGGUUAAACAAUUUUGCCAGGUCAUUCAUUGUGUUUGUUGCUGUGACAAAACACCUGAGAACAAGGAGGAAAGAUUUGUUUUGACUCAUGGUUUCAGACUCAUGGGUUCCAACCCCUGAUUGGCUGCCACCUGCUUUGGGCCCUGUACUCAUCAUGAUGGAAGGGCAUGGGCAAUGGGCUGGGCUUUCCUCUCUGGUACGUGUUCAACCCUGGCUGCCUUUAGAGUCCUGAGAUACUUUGCAAUAAAUAUGUCCACUAACUGGCAUCAUACUGAUGGAGUGAGGCUGGUGCCCAUCCUUAAUAAUACUUCAGGUUGAUGUUGAUUUUCUUCUGUGCAGCAUUGAGUACCAGCUCUGUGUCCUCCAUCCUGAGGGCUGAGAUCAGCCUGAGAUCCCAGGAGAGGUGAGGGGGGCUGCUCUGAUGUUCAGAUUGGUCAGGGCCAGACUGUGUCCUGAAUGGGAGCCCAGUGCUGCCCAGUUCCCCACUGCUGCAGCCCGUGUGUGCUUCACCAGCAGUGGAAUGAGGUCGAAAAAAUGGAGUCACAGAAGUCUCCUGUGCACCUUUCUGCAGGACUGUACUAUGCCUGGGUAUCCCUGGUGCAGUGGACAGCUGGGGACCAUCUUCCCACAUGCUGAGGUCCUCCCUGUGUGUGUGGCUGUGGCACAGGAACGGUGUGAUGAUUCUGAGCCUUAAACAGUCCGUUUCCUCCUUCCAGGAUUGACUUGUAAAGACUCGUGUUACCUGAGGAAACAGCCCUGAAGAGGAGGAGGAAAGAAAAGGAGUCAGGAAUAGCUGUCACUGGGGUACAGUGAUGCUCUCAGGUGGUCCUGAGUCCCCUGUGCAGUGCUGGGUCUGGGAGCUGCUGGCCUGACAUGACUCUGCACUCCCCUGGGCCGCCCUCAGUCUCCAUCCUCUACACUUAGAUUCCAUCCCCUGUGACCUGGUGGCAGGGAACCCAUGAGGAGGCACCACUGGGCAUGGUCCUGGGAGUCCUUUUGUCAUUUUUGUUAACCUUUUAAAAAAGUAAACCUGCUGCUUGGUGGGGUUCCUGUCCUCUCUACCAGCUCCCUCUGCUAGAGCGCUCAGUGUUUCCUUCCCUUUGCUUUAGUUGGCUCAUUUCCUCUUGAGAUGCGUAUUCAGCUGUCCUGGGUUUCUUUGACCUUGUUGUAAAGUCUAAUUACACCAACAUUCUCCUAUUUUCUUUUUUUUUCUUCACUACAUUUCCUGAGUUUUGGUGUGUUGUUUUUGUUUUGCUUUUGUUUCACAUGUUUUCUGAAUCCUUUUUCCGUUGUGACCAUUGGUUGGUUAAGAAUGAGGUGUUUCAUUUCUCCAUAUUUGGGGGUGUUAAUUUUUCUUCUGCAGUUGGCUUCUGUAUUUAUUUCAUUGUGCACAGGAAGAAUAUUGGGGUCCUUUCAAGUUUCUGAAACUGAAUUUGAAGAUGUGUGACCUAAUUAUGGACCCUCCUGUAGAUAGAUGUUCCUUGUGGAUUUUAAGAGAUGCGUUUCCUACUUCCCUAGGAUACAAUGUACUGGGUUGGUGUGGGAGGUCCACCUGGUGUGCAGUAACAUUAAAGAUCUGCUUAUGGA